UAUUUAAGCUCGACCUUACAGUUUGUAAUAGGAGAAUAUCUUUUAUCUCGUCCAUGAAUUUGCUUGAUAUGAUAAACCAGCUGGAGAACAAUGAAUUAAGAAUAUGUAUUUUCACGAACCUAUUCAUCAAGAACAAUAAUUGUUGCUUUAACAAAAAUGUCAAGCACGUGGUACACAAAUCUUUAUCGUCAAGAGCAAGAAGCAUUUGUUUCUAAUCAUGGUGGAACAACAGCCAGAGAAGUUGUGCAUGCGAUUAUACCAAAUGUAUGUAGCACUCUUCUGGCUACUACUACGGUAGGACUUAUAAGGAAUUUCACUCAUAAGAAUAUUAGAGUGAUAAUUGAAUUUGCAAUACUUAUAAUCCCAUGUAUUUUAUGCUGCACCGUAUUGUCGGAAUACAUCGUCACUGUAUGCUGUGCCAUGCUAUCGAUAUCUAUUAUUAAUAUCUUAGUGCUAGGACUUAACGCAAAGUCAUCGAACAGCAAUAGUAGGCCUAGUCAGGUUAGAAAGCCAUUUAUCACAAAUUUCAGAGCAUUGACCAACAUUAUAACAGCGAUAUGUAUACUAGCUAUAGACUUUCGUAUCUUCCCUCGUAAGUUUGCCAAGACUGAAGUGUUCGGAUACAGUUUAAUGGACACGGGUGUAGGACUGUUUGUAUUAACGAAUGCCUUGGUGGCACCGGAAUCCAAAGAUUUUGUCCCGAAGCAGAGAGUAGGAUUCAUUCGUACGUUAUCGAGUAACAUUAAGCAAUCGGUGAAGAGUUGUAUUCCCCUUUUGAUACUAGGUUUCGGUCGUUCCAUUGCCAUAGAAGUUAUCGGGUACCAAAAGCACGUCACAGAGUACGGUAUCCACUGGAACUUCUUCAUAACGUUAGCUUUCGUUAAACUGUUCACCAGCUCCAUAACCAGUACCAUUAGCUCCAAAUACUCCCUAUUAUCAGGCAUCUGGAUUUUAACGAUGCACGAAUACAUCUUGAGUACCAAAGGGUUGAAAGAGUGGGUGUUAAGCAACAAACCAAGGGACGACUUCGUGUCCGCGAACAGAGAGGGAAUGGUCUCUGUGCCCGGAUACGUGGGGCUCUAUUUGAUAGGCGUGGCUGUCGGCAGAUUAAUACAUUCCACGUACUAUAACUCGAGCAUACAAGAUUGGAUGGAGUACAAACCAAGAACGUUCCAUAUGAAAUUAUUCGGUUACGGUAUCGACGCCAGCUACAACGAGUCGAUGAUACUGUGCAUCAAAUUGUCUUUGGUAGCGGCACAGACCUGUGCGGCCACCUUGUUUUGCGAUUCCUAUUUCAAGGUGUCCAGACGUCUAGCGAACGCUGGCUAUUGUAUGUGGAUACUCACCUUGGGCGUUAUGUUGCUUACGCUGCUGUUACUGGUGGAGAUAAUCAGCGACAUUUUAAUUCGUGCAACAAUGGAUCCCGAUAGUACGGACAGAAAGCCGAGAACGCACAAGGCGGACCUAAGAAACAAGCGAGAACGCGUGGCCGACGAGUCCGAGAAAAAUGUAGUCGCGAUCGAGAUACUGGAAGCCAUAAACUACAACGGCCUGUUCUUUUUCUUAUUGUCAAACUUGAUGACCGGCGGCGUUAACAUGCUAGUGCCCACGUUGUAUGUAAGUCAGGCCAGAGCCAUACAAAUACUUGUCGCUUACAUGGCCGUGAACGUAUUGUCGACGUUAUACCUGUACAGAAAGCAGAUACAGAUCAAGCUGUAAUCCUUUCGUAUCAUUUUUUUUACGCGCCAAGGAAUUUGCACGUCCGCAGGCGAAGUAUACUUAACGGAACGGACGUAUCUCGCGCCACUGGAAACAUCUCACCGCAUUGUAUGCCGUAUUUGUUUCGUGUUUGUUUCUUUUUUAAUCAAAAUAAGUAUGUACAUAUGUCGGUAUAAAAGUAAGUAAAGAGUAACUUAAUUGGUAA